CGCCCCGGGAGAAAGGGAGGGGCGCCCCUCGGGGGCCUCUAGGACCCGGGGGCGCGCGGCCGGCCUCCCGACGGCCCAAAAUAGACACCCGGGCUGGGGGCCCGAGAGCCGGUCAUGGAAGCGGAACGAGCCGGACGCCGCGGGGUCACCGCGGCCACCCCGCCACUGUUCGUGAGCGUCGCCCCCUCGCUCUUCCUCGGGAGCGCGAGCGCCGCGGCCGCCCCGGUGCUGCUGGAGCGCGCGGGCGUCACCCUGUGCGUCAACGUUUCGCGCCAGCAGCCCGGCCCGCGCGCGCCCGGCGUGACCGAGCUGCGCGUGCCCGUAUUCGACGACCCGGCUGAGGACCUGCUGGCACACCUGGAGCCUACCUGCGCCGCCAUGGAGGCCGCGGUGCGCGCCGGUGGUGCCUGCCUCGUCUACUGCAAGAACGGCCGCAGCCGCUCGGCCGCCGUCUGCACCGCCUACCUCAUGCGUCACCGCGGCGUCACGCGGGAGCGGGCCUUCCAGAUUGUGAAGAGCGCCCGCCCGGUGGCCGAGCCCAACCCGGGCUUCUGGUCCCAGCUCCAGAAGUACGAGGAGGCCCUGCAGUCGCGGUCCCGCCUGCCCGAAGAGCCCUCGGGCCCGACUGAGCCCUAAUGGGUCAGCCCUUGAGGACGGCCCAACCCCAAAGGGGGGCGCUUGGAGUUUCCUGCAGCCUCGGGGUGGGAAGAGGUAGUUCACGCACUGACGGGAGGGUGGUCUGUCCUCUCCUGCCACGGUAGGGCAGGGGUGUGUCCAUCGAGGAGAGAACUGAGAAUCGUUCCUCCCCUGGUCAGCAGGUUUAUUAGACAGAGCUUGGUCAGGAACAUCAAAACCACUUGAGGAAUUUUAGCCAAAAACACAUUUACUACAGAGAGAUGGAGGCCAGGGAGCCAAGGUCAGGAGAUGGGGAAGUACAGGAGUCACGGAGACCCGCCACCCUGUUCCUGGCUGCCUUCCACUCUGAUGUGGGCAACUUCUGGGGGGCUGCUGGCAGAACCUCGUGCCUGCCACCUGCUCAAGCCACAGCGGCUUUCCCAAACCUCACACUGGUCCCAUCACAGAACGCAACAUGGGAUCCAGCUGGUGAGGGCCCAGUUUCCAGACUUGUAGCUGCUGUGACACAUAGUGAGGGUUCGAGGCUGUGUGACAGACCACCCAAUGUGGGCACCCUUGGGGGUCUCAGUGUCCGUACCCACCUCCUACCUUACUGGCCUCCCAGUUUCAGCAACAGCAAUGAGUCCCAGCCUAACAUCCUGCAGCCAAGGUCAUGUCAACAAUGCAAUGACCACCCAUGUGUCUGAGCUUGUUGAUUCCUCUUCUGGUUCAGAGGCACCCCACUUGGACACGCUACAGCCUAAAGACUAUACUAGAAAAUUAAUCACCACCAACACUCCUUAAAUAAGAUAGUGGGGAAAGAGUAAAGGAAAAAUUGGGUAACACAUAUGAGUUACAGAUAAUAUAAUACCGGGUUAAUAUACAAAUAUAUACAUAACAAGGUUAUGAAUA